AUGAGUGGUGAUCAGUUGAACAGUAGCCCGCCUCGUCAACAACGAGAAACAACACGGUUUCAAACUGAUUCAUCGCGUUUGACAAACAAUCAAAACGGGUCAGGUGCUGAUUCUGACAAUCGUUUUCCAAAAUAUGGUGAUAAACAGGAUGAAGCAACAUCGUCACGUUUCGCAACAGACCCAGAAUCAUUGAAUGCUUUGAAAAGUAAAACAAUGGUGAAAGAAUAUGUUGCUAGAUCUGAACGAGAUAUGGAAUUACCGGUCUUACGAAGUCUAUUUAUCGAAUCUUUCGAUGAUUUUUAUAAACUGAUUGAACCAAAAUUGCAACUUCGUCCCGAUAUUUCAUUACGUGAUUGGUUAGACGAAACAUUCAAUGAAAUGCAAGAAGAAAUGAUUACGAAACAAUGUCGAGUGUUUCUUUUAACGACAGGUUCAGCCCCAUCCGAUAUUAUUGGUUUCAUGCAAAUUAAAGAAGAAAAUAAUACGAACACAGUUUACGUUUCACAGGUCGCUGCUCAUGCUAGUUUGAAACGAAAAGGAUUUGGUGCACUAUUACUUCGAUAUCUGAUUAGUGUUUAUCCACCAGGGAAAACGUAUACGGGUCUUUGUAGACGAGCUAAUGAUCCAGCACUUCAAUUUUAUAUGAAAAAAUGGUGCUACAAUUAUGAGUGA